AUGCAGUAUCCAGUAUUUCCCUUUAUACUUUCCGACUAUACUAAUGAAACAUUGGACUUAAACGAUCCAUCUGUUUAUAGAAAUUUGAUCAAACCAAUAGCUGUACAGUCAAAGGAAAAGGAAGAUCGUUACGUGGACACUUACAAGUACCUAGAAGAAGAAUAUCGUAAAGGAGCUAGAGAAGAUGAUCCCAUGCCUCCUGUACAACCUUAUCAUUAUGGAUCUCAUUACUCAAAUAGCGGAACAGUUCUUCACUUUCUGGUUAGAAUGCCGCCCUUCACAAAGAUGUUUUUAGCUUAUCAAGAUCAGAGUUUUGAUAUUCCAGACAGAACUUUCCAUUCUACUAACACAACCUGGCGUCUUUCAUCAUACGAAUCUAUGACUGAUGUAAAGGAACUCAUCCCAGAAUUUUUUUAUCUUCCUGAGUUUUUAGUUAACAGGGAAGGUUUUGAUUUUGGGAUACGUCAGAAUGGUGAAAGAGUAAACCAUGUGAACCUCCCACCCUGGGCUCGAAAUGAUCCAAGAUUAUUUAUCCUGAUCCACCGUCAAGCUUUAGAGUCUGACCAUGUUUCCCAAACCAUCUGCCACUGGUUUGAUUUGGUAUUUGGGUAUAAACAAAAAGGCAAGGCCUCUGUUCAAGCUAUUAAUGUCUUUCAUCCUGCCGUAAGUAUUCUUUUUUUAAAAAAUAAUACAUUUGCCUUUCUUUCAUUCAAUGACAGUAUCAGACCCAGCAUGUACGAGAGAUCCAGGCUCAUCUAAAAUGUAACAUAUUCCCAUUCUUAGGUGGACAUUCCUACUACAGAACAGCGUUACCUGUCUUCUAUGUGUUAAGAUACUUUAUUAGGCUGCAAUCAACCCAUUACUAUAGUCAGUGAUUAGUUCAAAAUUAUCGCUGCU